AUGGCGCAACCAGCAGCAGCAGCGGCAGCAGAUGGUAUUGCAGCCGCCGCUGCUGCCGCUGCCGCAGCAGCAGCAUCGCGAGAGCAGAGCAGCAGCAGCGGCUGGACAGACACGGCCAGCCUCGACUCUUCCUCUAGCGCCGUGAUGCCGCCGAGGCGCGGAGACAGCGCGGAAAUACAGGGUAGAACCUUUGUUGAGUCUCCCCAGGGAGCCUCUUGGGCGUCACCUGCCUACGAGGGCAGGGACCCCGUGGAGGGGCCAGAAGGUCAACUUGCCUCCCCGUACUCCUCAUUGCAUCAGCCGAGCAGCCGCAGCCGCAGCCGCAGCCGGAGCCGGAGCCGGAGUCUCAGCAGCACUAGUAGCGCCGGCGGUGACGCUCGGGCAGAGCAGCAGGGCAGCCGUCAUGGGGGCAGUAGGAGGUCGGCUGCAGGCAAUGGCGGUGGGGCUCCGGAUGAAGAGGCUGCUGCCGAAGGAACCGAUCCAUCUGCAGACAGUGACGUGUAUUUCACUGAGAGCGAUGAUGAAGAUCACAGGGAGUACAGGAGGGGUGGCUACCACCCGGUGUCUGUGGGCGAAAUCUACGCUAACAGAUACCGCAUCGAAGCCAAGCUUGGUUGGGGGCACUUCUCCACCGUGUGGCUGGCUACAGACCUCAAAGCGGUACCUCUCGAGUUUGUCGCUUUGAAGUUUCAGAAGAGCGCCCGGCACUACACUGAGGCGGCAGCAGAUGAAGUGCAGCUCCUCACUAAGGUCAAGGACGGCAUGCGCCAUCCCUUCUGGAGGGAAGCAGCCAAGUCUUUCUCCAGCGCCAUCCGUGAGCGACACGAAGCAGCAGGCAUACCUUACGAGGCACCGCGGAAGCUGCCAUUGCCCCCAGUGGUUUUGUUCAAGGAGCAGUUCCAGCACACGGGGCCAAAUGGCAAGCAUAUGUGUCUUGUCUUUGAGAUGCUCGGCCCGAAUUUGUUGUCUCUUAUUAAGCGCUACAACUUUAGGGGCUUGCCGCUUCCACUGGUUCGCCGCAUAGCGCAUGACAUCCUUCACGGGCUGCAUUACCUCCACGACGUGUGUGGGAUCAUUCACACAGACUUGAAGCCCGAGAAUGUCUGCGUCUCGGCGUAUCCGCUGCCACCUCCAAACCCCCUUGUCGCGCCGCCAGCAGCAGGGCAGCAGCAAGAGCAACAGGAAGUUGAGGGUCUCACUGCUGAAAUGCGCAAAAGGCUCAGGAAAAAGAAAAAACGAAAACAGCAGCGCCUGAAAAAGAAAGCUGCAGCCGCGGCUGCAGCGGCUGCUGCAGCUGCAGGCGAGGAGGAAGCCGCCCAUUCUGAAGAGGAGGGAGAAGAGGAGGACGACGAGACGGAAAAGCACCAGCGGGAAGCAGCAGCAGCAGGGACAGCAGCACCCGCAGGCGCUGCGCCAGCAUCUGCUGGGACGAUCGGGGCUGCAGCAGAGGCAGCUGGCAACAACACAGCAGGGCAGCAGCAGGAGCGGGAGGCGGUGUAUGUGCCGUAUGUCAAGCACAUGCUUAAACCGAGUCGCUCCGACCCUUCUCUUUUGACAUCGUACAAGGACGAGAUCCAUGCUCUUCAGGGCUCACUCCAGAGACACGUUUACAACUACGUGGGAUACUCACAGUACCAGCCACAGUCGGCAUACUGCUGCCCCAAGACGGGAGGUCGCAUCCUCUACUGGCUCCCCAAGGAAAGGCCGCAGGGCGCUUCAGGUGAUGAGGCUGAGGAAGCGGACGCUGCCAAGAGUCGUUUGCCGCUGCUGCAUGAUGAGUUGCUACUGCACCCCGCAGCAGAUAGACUGUACAACCAGAGACUGAAGGAGGCGGCGCGCACAACCGACAAGCGAGAUGCACACGGCCAUUUGCUCUACGGGCCUUAUAUCAAGCUAGAAAACGACCAACAAGCCGAGGAAGACAUGACUAUUGUUCAGACUUCAGAGGGGCCCAUCUGCAUCAAGCCAUUGCCGCCAAGCUCGUUCGCCUUCGAGCAUCCAAGCGCAGUGUAUAAGCUGUGUGAUUUGGGGAAUGCUUGCUGGGCCCAGGAGCACUUCACUGAUGACAUACAGACGCGACAGUACCGUUCCCCGGAGGUGAUCAUUCGGGCUGGAUAUGACUGCACAGCUGACGUGUGGAGUUUCGCAUGCAUGGUGUUUGAGUUGGUGACUGGGGAUUACCUCUUCGAUCCAAAGAGUACUGGCGACUUUGACAGAGAUGAAGACCAUCUGGCCCUCAUCAUUGAACUUGUGGGGCCUAUGACGCUCAACUUCGUGUCGCGCGGCCGGCAUUCACAUCGCUUCUUCCGCGAACGCUCAACGGAGUUACGGCGAAUUGACGACCUGCGGUUUUGGCCUCUUGUGGCUGUUUUGAGGGAAAAGUACCAUAUGGGCGAGGCUGAGGCUGUAUCCCUCUCGGAUUUCUUGGUGCCGAUGCUGGCCGCAGACCCGCUGAAGCGCCAAGGUGCAAAACAGAUGCUGGACCAUCCCUGGCUCCGCAUGCGAACUCCGGAAGAUGAAAUAGCUUACUGCGAGAUGCGUAAAAACAUGCACGUUUCGAGGCCUGAUUUGGAUGCGCCUCUCCUGUCAUUGCCCUCCGGUCACUCGGCAGCCGAGCUCACUGUUGGUCCCAAUCCUCUAUGCGGCCGUCGGCCCGAAGAGGUUCACGGAUCUGUCGCGUCAGGAGCUGGUGGUGGGGGAUGUAUGUACAGCUCGGCGACGGGCUAUGCCCAGUCUCCUCCCGUGAUCGGGGUGUCAUCCCCGUACGCGCUGCAGCAGCACCAACAGCAGCUGCAGCAGCAGCAGCUGCAACAGAUGCAGCAGGAGCAACAGCAUCUCUACGGUUCAGGGCCAGUGGUGUUACCCCCCAGCGGUGGCCCUGUGGACCCGAGCAGUGACUUGUACACUUUACAGCAACAGCAGUUGCUUCAGCAACAGCUGCAGCAGCAACAACAGCUGCAACAGCUGCAGCAACAGCAUCAGCAACUGCAACACAUGCAGCACCAGCCGCAGCUGAUCGUGGGUGGGCUUGGGCGUCAUGUCGAUGGAGAUAACAGCACGAAGACCGCCCAGUCAACCGGAGGCAUCCUGGGCACCGUCGCUGGAACAAACACCGGCUGCAGCAGCGCAGCUGUGACCGCAGCAAGCAGCAGCAGCGGCAGGGCAGGCACAGCAACAGCGGCAGCAGCUGCUGCGGCCGCUGUCUCCGCUGCGAGAAUGCUGAUGGGCUACCCUGGAGCAAGUGAUCCCCAGUACUUCAGUGCAGGUCGGGACUGCUGGGAUGGCCGAUCUGUUCCCGCCUUCCCUCCUAUUGGCAGCAACAGUAGCAGCAGCAGCAGCAGCAGUGGGACGACGGGUUUGCGGCCAGAAGCAGCGGGAGUGGAAUGGAUGGUUCGUGGCUUUCAGGCGUCAGCUGUAACAGAGUCAGCUGAUGCGCCGCAGCCGCAGCAGCAACAGCAGCAGCAGCUUCCAUCGUCGUGCGUAGAGCUGCUGCCAAGGAAGCCCCACGAUUCGACAGGGACAGCUUGUGGUUCCUCCUCUGAUAAGAGGUCGGAUGGCCUUCACCAAAUUGCAGGCACCCGCGUCACUGCCAACCCUGCAGAAACGGACACACAGUCCGUCUCUGCUGCAGGAGAUUGGGGAGGUGUAAGUGGACCGGUUUCUUGGAUGCCAGAUGCUGCGGCGAUGCAACAUCAGCAGCAACUGGAGCAGCAACAGCAACAGCAACAGCUGGAGCAGCAGCAGCAACAGAUGCGACGCCACGUGCAAGAGAUGCAGGAGAGAAAACAGGAGUUCUUACGCCAACAGCAAGAACUCAACAGAAUGCUGAAGGGGGUGCAGCAGCUGCAACAUGGCCUCUCAGGCAGCUCCUGA